AUGCCACCAAAGAAGGCCAACGCAACCAACAGGGUCACCAAGGGCGGCCGUCUCGGCCACGGCCCCAAAUGGACCCCCUUCGAAGCCUGGAACUUCGACCGCACCGCCCGCGAGACCAUCCCCGGCGCAACCUGCAAGCAAAUCGACUCCUUCUACGCCGACCCGCGUCGGUGGAACGCCGCCGGCCGUCCGCAGCGCCCGCGUCUCCCCACGCUCCCCAAAACCGAAGCCGAGAACGAGUCCGCGUGCAUCACGGACCGCGCGCGCGCGGCGCUCGCCGAGCCCGUCGACGCUUUGGGCGUCAAAUACUGCUACACCUGCUUCGAGUGCGGGCGGAACCCGGAUGAUCCCGCCUGCGGCGUGCAGUGUUAUGAUGAGAUUCAUAGCGGUGGUGGCACCACCGGGAUGAAGACUUUCUUCAAGAAGUGGCUCGAGAUCCGGCACACCGGCACGGCCGACAAGGGGUACGGCGUGUUCGUCAAGACGAACGGGCGGUAUGAGAUCCCCAAGGGGUCGUACCUGGGUCAUUACGUCGGCGAGAUCGUGCCUGGGCCGAGCAAGAACAAUAUGUACCUUUAUGAGCCGCAGGUCGGGCUGGAGUGGGAUACCGACAGGCCGAUUGUUGACGCGGGCAAGAUGGGGAACUGGACAAGGUUCAUGAACUCGAGCUGCGAUCCGAAUGUGGGCGAGGCGAUCAUGCAGAUUGGCAAGGUCAGGGUGAUUGCCUUCUUUGCGAACAAGACGUUGAAGUCGGGCGACCAGCUUUGUAUUUAUUAUGGGGAUGAUUAUUUCACGGGUCAUGGUCUGCAGUGUACUUGUGACGAGUUUGAGGGCCCGCAUGAUCCGACUGUUGUUGGAGCGGGACUCAAGGCUAGGGAGCGGCAGCAGCAGGCUCUGGGUUCGCAAUCUUGA